AAACACAACUUGGCGCCAUUAAAAACAAUCAAGAAAAAUGGAAAAAAGAAAGCACAUAUGGCAUUUUUUAUUCACAGAAUCACAACGCAGUUGACAUGCAGUGUUCAGAGAGAGCAGUCAUUUUCAUCACCUUCCUGACACUCUCAGACUGAUUCCUGUAUUCUCGACCUUCGCAUUAUUGCUUUCAUGGCGGAUCAACCAACCUCUUAACUACUUUCCCUCGUCUCCAAACCCUAAAGUUCGCGCUUUAGCUUCCAUUCGAGCAGUCUGUCUAUUCUGACAAGGGACAUAAAGAAUUGAAAAUUUGAUUGUUAUUUGCACCAAAUUGCCAUGAGUACACCAGAUGUAUGCCCAACCGAGGAUGCCAUACAUGCAUUAUUAGAUUAUUUAGUUGAACCUAUGCUUCCUGCAAAGUCAUCUUCGAGAGAAAAUCCACCAGAAGCUCUAUUGCAAUCAGUUGCAAAACAGAUGCAUGCAGUUAUUCUAUUAUACAACUACUACCACCGGAAACAACAUCCACACCUUGAAUUUUUGAGUUUUGAGGCAUUUUGCAAGUUAGCUGUGAUUGUUAAACCAGCUCUGUUGUCUCACAUGAAACUCAUGCAAAGCUCAGAUGAUAUUGAAUUGGAAAAUCCCGAGAAGCAGCUUUCUCCAGCAGAAAAAGCAAUUAUGGAUGCAUGUGAUAUAGCCACGUGUCUAGAGGCAUCAACAAAUGAAAAUGUAGAGGGCUGGCCUCUUUCUAAGGUUGCUGUUUUUUUAAUUGACUCCAAGAGGGAGCAUUGUUAUUUGCUAUUUAGUUUCAUCACUCAAGGAGUUUGGUCUGUCAUUGAACAAGAUAUAGAUACCUCCGAAUGCCAACCAGAAACUGUGGAUGAGGAAAAACAUGUAAACAAAAAGAAAAGAGUGAUUAAGAAAGCUUCAAAAGAGGGGCUAGUUGUUGAUGAAGCCAAGACUCAGCAGCUUGCAUAUAAAGCAGUUAAGGAAGCAACUGGGAUUAAUCAAAGCGAUCUCAAAAUUUUAGAAAGUCAUGUUGUAUACUCUCUAAGUAAAGAAAAAUCAGCAGUCUGCUUUUACAUAAUUCAGUGCACUCGAUCAGCAACCGAAGAUGUCAUUCAAGUUCCCAUAAGAGAUGCCGUUAACAGCUUGCAGGAUUUGUUGUUUAAAAGAAGUGGUAGGAGAUGGGGCAUUACUUCAAAAGUUGAGUACUUCCACAUUCUUCCUUAUGCUAAGAUGGUGCUGACCUGGUUUCACAGGGAAACUUCAUUAGAUAAUUUGGGAGGCAUAGGUGAAGAAAAGAUUGAUGAAAACUUGAACAGGCCUGAGAGAAUUGAUGUAACCAGGAAGCUUAAAAUUCAAAACGAUCAAAAUGGUGCUAGUGCGAACCAUAUGUAUACAGAGGCUAGCACUUGUGGUGAAGGAUUGGAGAGGUUAUCAGAUAAUACUAACUGUGUGGGUGGUUUGCAUGAUGCGAUCUGCAGGCCCCAGAGUGCUAAUGUGGAUGACAUAGUUCCCUCCUAUACAGCGGAGAAGAAAAAGGAUGUACCUAACACUAGCCAAGUUAUCAUUUCCUAUACAAAGAAAAGAAAUGCUAGGCAAGCUGACAAUCACUAUGAAGUGAUGACCCCAUGUAUGAUAAAUGAAUCAAAUGCCUUGGAAAGUAUUAAAGUCAAGGAUGGGAUAUUAGCUACAAACCCAUGUAUUGCUGAAUGCAGUGGCGAAAAGAUUGCUUCUGGAAAUCUCUCUGACAAUAUUUCAUUUGAUCAAAAUAGGAAUGAUGAUCAUGCUCUCAUCACCUGUCAAUCGAACACAGAGCACCUUUCCAAGUUACAAGCAAUUAUUGUUUCGAAAGAAACCGCAUUGUCACAAGCUGCGAUUAAAGCUCUAAUCAGAAAGAGGGAUAAACUGUGUAAUCCAUUCAUUCUGUCGCAGUCUCAUCAACAGCACCUCAUUGAAGAUGAGAUCGCGCAGUGUGAUAAAAACAUGCAGACAAUAUUAAAGGGUGAUGAAGAUGAUUUGGUUAUAAAGCUGGAUUCGGUGAUUGAAUGUUGUAAUGAUGUAUGCCUAAGAAGCACUGCGGAAGAUAAAUCUUAUCAAUACUUUGAAGAAAACUGCUCAUCUCAAUAUGUCACAAGGAAGAGAUUGUCAGAAGCGAUUCUCUGUGUACAGAAUCCAUGUAAGGAACUGGAUGGUAUAUGUCAUAAGAAUUAUUGGAUAUUGCCAGUUUACGGAGUUUCGUCAAUAGAUGGUGGAUUCCAAGCUAAUGUAUUUGUAAAAGGGAUGGAUUUUGAGUAUUCAAGCUGUGGCGAGCUGUGUUCCGACCCUCGUGAAGCGAGGGAAUCAGCUGCAAUGAAGAUGUUAGGUCAACUAUGGAGGAUGGCCAGUGUGGGCAAGUAGUUGGAGCCUUUGAUGAAGGACGUUCUAGUAAUGUAUCUGUUUUUGGGCUCUCCAUAGAGAGUGCAGGGAGAAAGAGAAGCUUAUGCUCUUAAGAUUGUGUAGUCUGAUGUAGUUUUUUGUACAAGGAACCUAACAAAACCAAAAAAAAAAAAAGAUUUUGGAGACCAAUCAAGUCAACUAUUUAAAGUUGUGUUAUUUUUUCUUC